AUGUUCUUUGUUAUAUGGGAAGUCACCCAGGUGAAGAAGGAUCUCGAGGAGUUUAGAAGAAACUCACAAUCAACUGGGAUUCCCAAAUUACCUCAACCGAAAUUCAGACCUCCCCUCAUCAUUUCCGAUAAACCUACGAGACCUAGACCUUACGAUCUAUUCGAUUAUUUGGAAGAUGCUAAGAAAGAUACUUUCAAGCGGACCGGACGAUGUUUACCCAUUGUAUCUUCUCCCAAAUAUCAUCACAAACCUACCGAGACUGUCACAGAAUUUUCUGUAUCCGAAUCACAUUCCCAUGCUGAAAAUGAUUUACGUUCUAAGAAACGCAAGUCAGUGGAACAUGGAGAUGUAAAAGUCAGAAUGGCAGAUGGUACUCAUAAGACUGGUGAUUAUCGAAUGAAGAAGAAGCUUAAGUUAUCAGCAUCGACUAAGAACAAAUUUGCGAAUAGGCAACGUCCUAUAAAUCAUGGGAUGAAGGGUACAGUAGGUAAAUCAGAUGGAGACAAGACAAUAGUGGAUGAAGGUAAUAGUGUAGGUGAAGAGGUAUAA